UAUUUUGGGUAGAAGAAUCUUUCAAACAGCCACACAUAACGUGCAUAUGAAAAAAUAUCUAAAAAUAAGCGAAUUGCUUAAUAAAAUCCAGAGUAUCGAGUGUAUGAACUACUUCAGGUUUAUAAUUUGGUAUACUAUACAAGUUUCUUCUUUCUACCAGAUGAAAAUGCAGAACGGUUUCAAGGACUUAACCCUUUUUGACUUAGAUGGUGACAGCAGACUAUACGUGGUUGAUUCGAUAAAUAACUUGCACAGAGCCAAUACUUGUGAUGAACCCUGUGGCCCAAUUUUAAAUACCGUCGAAUGUCCCAGCGGUGCCGAGAACAUUGAAGCUUCCACCAAGGAAUUAUUGUCUGAUAACAAGAAGGAGGAAUCGGAGAUUGCUGUUGACUCCACAGCAAACGGCAGUCGAUGUUCGCCCUCACGGCUGAAGAAAGGGCUGCUGCUGGCGGUCGUGAUGUUGCUGUUGAUGGUCAGCUUUGUCCUGGCUGCUCUUGCCAUCAUUUUUAUUGUGAGGAUGGAUGAUCAGCUCGAUUACAUUUUGGCAAAGGUAACCGCAGAAGGGAAAGAAAUGAAAGAAAUGAAGAUUCUGAUGAUGAACCACCUCAACUUCUCAAACAACAGCGAUGUGCCUGGAAUAUUUCCCAACCAAAGGCCUUGACAACAAAAUCAAAUCUUCAUUGCUGUACAGGUUUACAAAAGUACUAUUGGAAAAAUCAAAACUUCACCUGAAAUGUGUCUCAGAGUGCUUCCGAUGUCAUUCAAACAGUGCUUGCAUUAUCAGCCCGGAUGCUGGAAGAAUGUGUCCGUCCGGUCAGCAACAGGUUCAGAGCAAGAAUGUCCCUAAAACAGUUCAUCAUGCAGGAAUUAUUACCCAGAAAAUAUUAAUAACUUGUCUGAGAAUAAUCCAUCAACUUUAAAAUCUGAAGCAACAUUUUUCCACUUGAACCAGUGAUGACGCGUAUUAUUUGUAGCAGAUUUAUUUUUUCAUUUUGACAAAUGUGAAAAAUUCUGUAUCAAGGAAACUAUCCAUUUCUACAUUAUGUUGCAUCUUUCUGCUGUGCAUUCAGCUUAGAGAUAGAUACUUUAGCGAUACAGCGUGGAAACAGGCCCUUCAGCCCAUCGAGUCCACACAGACCAACGAUCACCCUAUAUGCUAACCUACACACACGCGGGACAAAUUUACAACUUACCAAAACCAAUUAACCCACAAACCUGUACGUCUUUGGAGUGUGGGAGGAAACCGGAGCACCCAGAGAAAACCCACCUGGUCACAGGGAGAACGU